UUGUUCUGGUCGAACAGAUGGCUUUCUGCUCCACUUGAUUCCUGCAGACUUCCUAGGAAAGAGAUCUGUGCAACGUGCAGGUUUGCAUUCAGCUUCUUCCACUGGAAGCUGGUCUGGAAAAGGUUCUUCCAUUUGUAAUACUGGCUUCUUCGGUCUUCACGGGAGCAAGGCGCUUCUGUCAUCAUGGCGGAGGAAGAUCUUAUCUUUCACAUCGAAUGCCUCGACAACACCAAGUUAGCAAAGACUGUUCCUGGAAGUUAUCAUGAUGCUGAUAGCGAGGAGGAAGAUAACUAUUAUAUUUGCUCAAUAACAGAUGAUCACGACCCUUCCUUGAACAAAGGAGGGAAUGACAAAGUCAGCAAUUACUACAGCAACUUGGUCAAAAACGAGCAGUUUUCAUCCAGCGCUUCUCCUCGAAAUUCUUUCCAUUUCAAGAAUGGCACUCAGCGGCUUUCUAAGCAUGGCUCUGUGGCUGACCGUAGCCUGGAAGCCUGGAAGCAUGCCAUUGAGAAAGCCAAGCACAUGCCUGACCCCUGGGCAGAAUUUCACCUGGAGGAGAUUGAAACCGAACAUGCCACGCGUUACAGAUAUAAUGCUGUGACUGGGGAGUGGAUCGAGGAUGAGGUUCUGAUCAAAAUGGCUUCACAGGCAUAA